AUGACGUGCCGCUGUCAACAGGGGCCGUGGCGGGACGGCCGCCUAAGCGACUCUGACGGCAGCCGCGACGCUUUUGACGGCGCCGGCUACGAUGACGCUGCGCCGUUCAUUUCGUCGUCAGAACAUUCGCGCCGUUCCGGGGCGCCCUUUUGCGCGCCCUUGAGAUUUGGCGGCGUGCGCCACCUGCGCCCGCUGUUGCUGGCGCUCGUUAUCGCCGCGGCGGACCUCCUCUUCCCUGCCUGCUCCUGGCGCAGCUUCCGCCUGCUCCGCGCGGGGGGCGGAGACUUUCCGCCCACGGGGAACGGAGAUGCCUUAGCCCCGCCCUCGCCGUUGACUCCGUUGAACGAGUCAUAUGGCCACGUCAGCUGCUCCCUCACUGCCCUCCGCGGUGGAAAGCGGCACCAGGCAUCUCAGCAGCAUGCUCUCCCUCCCCUCGCCGUCCCCACACCUCCCCUUGUUCGCAUUGCUCCUUCCUCCCCUCCACCCUACAUCCUCCCCACUACUGCAUCCCCACUUCCUCCGCCUCUCCCUACCCUCUCUCCCCCGCCACCGCCCCUCGCCGCCUGCCCGCUGUCCCGCCUCUAUCUGCCACAAGCCGUGGCAGCCGCAGCAGGGGAUGGUGCCAACGCAAUAGCAGCAGCAGCACCAGGGGUUAGUGCUGAUGCGUCUACCCCAACAGCAACAGCAGCAGCAGUAGCGCCUCCCUUACAGUGGACGCCCCAGGCGCACAAGUACAUUCUCAUGCACUGCGACAGCGGCCAGAUCAGCAACUGGGUGCAUUGCAUUCGCAUGCACCUCCUCUUUGCCGGUCUGCUCAGCCGCACGCUCCUUGUCAACGCCCUGCCAUCGGAGACCAAGCGAGCCUACAACUACUCUCUCCUCUUCGACAUCUCACACGCCAGGCAGUGCUAUGGGACCAGCGCUGUACAGACCACUGAGGAGUACUAUAACGAGUAUGGGAAAAAGGUGGAGCUGGAUCGAGUGCUUUGCUGGAGCUACCCCUCUUUUGAAGGCUUGGAGCACCCCUUGGCUUGGGGCGACCUUCCUUUUCAACGCCUGCCCGGCUGCCUGAGCACACUCGCUGUGCAGCCAGAUGCACGGAUUGUCCAGGCAGCUGAAGACUUCGUCGAUGAGAAAUUCAGGCAGAAACCUUUCUUGAGCUUGCACAUGAGGGCGGGGGACCUGCGGGCGAGCUGUGAGCGGCAGCAGCUGGACGUGGGAUGCCGGCUGGGGCCCCACCAGGUGGUGGCGUGCGUCAAGAGGAAGCUCAGAGUGCACCGGCUGAUGAGCCUUUUUAUUGCAACGAAUGCUGGCCACUCGGAGGUGCAGCAGGUGAAGCAGUUGUUUCAAGGCAGAGACCCCGCCCCACCACCGCCCCCAGGAGCACCCAUCCUCCCCCCCGGCCUUACCACCCAAGUGGUAACCGGCGUGCACGGUUGGCCGGGGCUGAAGCGGUGGUUCGGGGCACUGGAUGAGACACAGUUGAAGCAGGUAGAGGCGGAGGUGGAAAAGGUGGUGGCGGUGCGAGGCACUGUGUUCCAAGGCACAUGCACGUCAACGUUCUCCCUGGACGUUGAGAGAAUGAGGCUGGCCUUGGGAAGAGGUAGCUGCCAUGACUCGUUUGUGUGCGAUGAGGAGAUCGCGGUGGGGGAGGUGGUGAAUGAGUCGGAGAGGAAAGGGUGCCGCACGGAGUUUCUGUUCUGGUAG